AUGACUGGAGGGUGUUAUGGAAAGGAUUACGACUACUUCCAGAAGAGCGAGAAGGCCACCAUGCAAGACCUGAAUGACCGUCUGGCAUCCUACCUAGAUAAGGUCCACUUUCUGGAGGCUGCCAAUGCUACCCUGGAGAAGCAGAUCCGGGAGUACUAUGAAAAGAAGGGGAUGAUCUGCCAGAGGGACUACAGUUGCUACUUCAAAACCAUCGAAUGCCUUCAGGAAAAGAUUAAAGAUGCUACUUUCACCAACGGCAAAAUCCUCCUGCAGAUUGACAACUUCAAACUGGCUGCUGAUGAGUUUAAGUUAAAGUAUGAGAAUGAGGCAGCGAUACAGCAGUGUGUAAAGGCUGACGUUGAUAACCUGUGUUGCAUACUUGAUAAAACAUGCCGAGCAAAAACUGACCUGGAAGCACGGAUCUGCACUCUGCAGGAGGAGCUGGUGUAUUUGAAGAAAACUCACCAGGAGGUGUCACUGCUGUGUCAGUUGACAGACGCGAAAGUGUGCGUGGAAGUGGAUGCUGCUCCUCAGCAAGACCUGAAAAAGGUUUUGGACGAAAUCCGUUGUCAUUACGAGACCAUCAUAGUCCAACACUGCAAAGAACAGGAGGGCUGGUUCAAGAAGAAGAUGGCAGGCCUGUGUAAAGAUGGUGCCACCAACACAGUGUGCCUACAAACCUCUAGGUCACAGAUCUCAGAUUUGCGGCGUACCUUGCAGUGCCUGGAAAUCGAGCUACAGUCUCAAAUCAGCAUGAAAGGAGCACUGGAGUGCUCACUCUCUGAAACAGAGGCUAGGUACAGCAAUAUGCUAGCAGGCUACCAGAAACAUAUCAAUGCAUACGAGGCAGAGCUUUGUCAGGUGCGCGCUGGCAUUGAGGAGCAGGGCAGAGACUAUGCUGCACUCCUGGACAUCAAGAGCCGUCUGGAGCAGGAGAUCGCCACCUACAGGUGCCUCCUGGAAAAGCAGGACAUUCAGUCCUAA